GAGUGUUCAACAACGUAACAGGGAUUCACUUGUCAGUAAUCAACAUGGUCUACAAACUCCUGACCGUGUGUCUUGUAGCAUCUCUUCUAGAGAUUUGCUUAGCUGACUAUAACGGCAACAAACAGUAUGGCGGCAGAUACGGCGGCAACAGAUACGGAAACGGCAACGGUUUAGGAGGCGGUAAUGGUGUUGGAGGAGCCGUAGCCCAUGCCCAUGCCCAUGCCCAUGCCAGUGCCGGAGCAAACGGAAGAGCAAGAGCACAUGCACGAGCCAUGGCCCAUGCACAUGCCGGUGGUAGCGCUGCACAUGGACACCCAGGAUUCCCAGUUGGUGGUAGCGCAAGCGCAGCCGCACGAGCAGCAGCACGAGCAUCAGCAGGAGGAUUAGGAGGACUAGGUGGAUUCGGAUCAGCAUCAGCCAAUGCAGCAGCAAGAGCAGGAGCAGGAUUUGGUGGAUUCGGUGGAUUAGGAGGAUUCGGAGGACUCGGAGGAGGACUAGGAGGUGUCGGCGGUCCAGGUCAACCAGGCGGUCCAGGUGGUCCAGGAGGUCCAGGAGGUCCAGGCGGUCCAGGUAUGCCAGGCGGUCCAGGAGGCCCAUCAGGUCCAGGUACCGGAGGUCCAGGUCAACCAGGUGGUCCAGGAGGUCCAGGCGGUCCAGGAGGUCCAGGCGGUCCAGGUAUGCCAGGCGGUCCAGGCGGUCCAGGUGGACCAGGUAUGCCAGGUGGCCCAGGAGGACCAGGAGGACCAGGAGGUGAAGGAGGAAUCCCAGGCAUGACCGGACCAGCAGGACCACCAGGCCCAGCCGGACCACAAGGACCAGAAGGUGAACAAGGACCACGAGGACGAACCCCAGCAGGAACACCAGGCCCACCAGGCAAUCCAGGAGAACCAGGACAAGGAGGAGCACCAGGCGCACCAGGAGCACCAGGACAUGCCGGUAAACACGGAACCGCAGGAGCAGCAGGCAAAGCAGGACGUCCAGGACCAAGAGGACAAUCAGGAGCAUCAGGAUCAUCAGGCCAACACGGAGCAUCAGGAGCACCAGGUCGUCCAGGUAACCCAGGAUCCACCGGACGUCCAGGAGCAUCCGGAGACCCAGGUCGUCCAGGAGCAACCGGAACAACAGGAAGACCAGGACCAUCAGGAGCACCAGGAAACCCAGGAGCACCAGGAGCACUCGGAGCACCAGGACCACGAGGAUCACCAGGAUUUGUCGGACUUCCAGGACCAAGAGGAUCCCCAGGAGAGCCAGGAAACCAAGGACCAAUCGGAGGCCCAGGAUACCCAGGACCACGAGGACCACAAGGACCUGAUGGCGCUAUGGGACCACAAGGACCAUGUGGAGAUAGAGGAGCACCAGGAGUACCAGGCAAACAAGGACCAGUCGGAGGACAAGGACCAGCAGGACCACGAGGACCACGAGGAGAUGAAGGACCAGUUGGACCAAAGGGCGAACCAGGAGUAAAGGGAGCUGAUGGUAAACCAGGAGACAAAGGACCUGAUGGAGAAACCGGACCACAAGGACCAGCUGGACCAAAGGGACAAGUAGGAGACCAAGGCAAACCAGGAGCAAAGGGAGAAACCGGAGAUCAAGGAGCACGAGGUGAAGCAGGAAAGGCCGGAGAACAAGGACCAGGAGGCAUCCAAGGACCAAAGGGACCAGCAGGAGGACAAGGACCAGCAGGACCAGCCGGACCACUUGGACCACAAGGACCAAUGGGUGAACGAGGACCACAAGGACCAACAGGAUCAGAAGGACCAGUUGGAGCACCAGGACCAAAGGGAUCAGUCGGAGACCAAGGAGCACAAGGAGACCAAGGAGCAACUGGCGCUGAUGGCAAAAAGGGAGAACCAGGAGAGAGAGGACAACAAGGAGCAUCAGGACCAGUCGGCCGACCAGGACCAAGAGGAGAUAGAGGAGCAAAGGGAAUCCAAGGAAGCCGAGGACGACCAGGUGGUAUGGGAAGACGAGGAAACCGAGGAUCCCAAGGAGCAGUAGGACCACGAGGAGAAACUGGCCCAGACGGUAACCAAGGACAACGUGGAGAACAAGGAGCACCAGGAGUUAUCACCCUUGUCAUUGAAGACCUCAGAACAGCCGGAGUAGAAAGCCCUGUCGAAACCUUUGACGCAGGAGCAGGAACCGGUGGACCAGCACCAGGAGUAGGAGCAGGAGCAACAGCAGGAGCAUUCGCAGGAGCAGGACCAGGAGGAGCUAACGCAGGAGGAAACGCAGCCGCAGGAGCAGGACCAGGUGGACUAGGAGGAGCAGGACCAGGUGGACUCGGAGGAGCAGGACCAGGAGGACUCGGAGGACUAGGUGGACUCGGAGGUGGACUCGGAGGUGGACUCGGUGGUGGACUCGGUGGUGGACUCGGAGGUGGACUCGGAGGUCUAGGAGGAGGUUUAGGUGGUGGACUCGGAGGAUUAGGAGGAGCAGGAGGUUUAGGAGGUGGAGCAGGAGGCGCAGGAGGAAACGGUGCAGCAGCAGCCGCAGCAGCACAAGCAGCAGCAGCAGCAGGAGCAGGAGGAAACGGUGGAGCAGCACAAGCAGCCGCACAAGCAGCAGCAUCAGCAGCAGCAAAUUCAGGACUUGGAGCAGGAGCAGCCAGAGCAGCAGCAUCAGCAGCAGCUAGAGCAACCGUAGCAGGACAUGGAAGUGGAACCGCAGCAGCAGCAGCCAGCGCAGCCGCACAAGCACAUGCAGCAACACGAGGACAAGGAGGAUCACACGCACACGCUGCCGCCGCAGCUCAUGCAGCCGCAAGUAGCGUAAUCCAUGGUGGUGGACACGGUGGACACGGUGGUGACUAUCACGGAGACGAUGCCGGCUAUCACAAACCAGGAUAUUAAGCUAAUUGACAAUAAUAGACAUUAAACUAUUGUAAAUUGAAUAUGUUACUUUAUCAAUAAAAUCUGCAAGUGUUUCCAUUA